AUGAUAGAGGAAUCUAGCAACUAUUGGCAGAGGCUUACCACGUCCAUGCAUGCCAAACCUGCCUUCAAUGCCAAAUUCUAUGUAAAUAAGGUCUCUGGCAUUGCUGUAGAAUUGAUGGCGACUCCCUUUCCUGUUACAGAGGGAGGAUCUCUCACACUCACGUGUUCUGUGACAGAGAACAGCUCUGUGUACGCUUCCUUUAGUUAUGAGAAUGGAUCAACCUAUAGAUUUGUACAGCUGGUUGAAGGACAGUGUAAGGAUGGUACAGGACAGGUGUGUGACCAGCAGUGUUCCUGUACUACAGACGGUACAUCCUUCUCUAUAAUCAUCACCAGUGUGGACAGAUCCUGGGACAAGGCAAGGGUCAGAUGUCAGGUCAACAACCCAGUGUUUACAAAUAGUGAUAUAAUAGAGAUCCGUGUCUUAUAUCCCCCAACAGGAACCUUAAUGGUGACACCAUCUGGUACACAAUCCAUCUUCACCGGUACAUCAGUAACUCUCCAAUGUCAGGUAAGGGGAGGUAACCCUCUGGCCACACUGACCUGGCAGUGUAAAGGAUCAUCAGUGACCGGACAGGAUCUGACCAAUGCCACCACAGCAGUGUCCACUCUGACCUUCACAGCUGACAGAACCUACCACCAACAACAGUGUGUGUGUACCGCCGUUCACCCGACCAGUCCUAGUGGAGUGUUUGAUACAGUCAGCAUUAUAUUUAAUGUUCUUUACUCACCAGAUCGAGCAACGUUUUCUAUUGUUUUCACUACACCAUUUUAUGUGGGAGAUGAUGUCUAUCUAGACUGUAUGAUAGAUGGAGGAAACCCUCUGGCCACCCUGUCCUGGAUUUGUGUCAACCAAUUAAAGGAGACAUCCACUAACAUGGACACAGAAACUAAGGCGGUCAGCAGAUUAGGCAUUACCUCUGUAACUACAGACUAUAACAACAGGCAGUGUACAUGCACUGCUACCCAUAUUGGUUUCUCCCCAAGUCUCACCAAAGUGGUCCUGAUCACAGUAUAUUACCCACCAAGUUUACCUGUUCUAGCUGUAGACACGACUAAUGGUGGAAGAUUACCUUGGAUGGACAGACCAUUAUUUACUGGUAUACUGACAUGUACCGCAUCACCAGGGAAUCCCCCUACAACACGUAUAUCAUGGUACAUCAAUGACGUCAUUGAUACUAGCCAAUCAGCGAUUACCAGGAGAUUUGAUCCACCAGAUAAGCUUUAUAAUGGACAUACCUUUACCUGUAGAGCUGAUAACAACUUCACAGAUACUAAGGGCACCAAUACAGUGUCUAAUGGGAUAAUGCUGAACAUUGAAUAUGAUCCAAUCGUUACAGUAGAUGUGUCUACAGCCUAUAUUAACGAGAGUCUGGGGUUCAGUAGAACGUGUUCAGCAGAUGGUAAUCCUACCCCGAUUGUGUCCUGGUAUCGUGACACGAUUCUCGUCCAGUCCCAGGGAACGCUCCAGCUCUCUAAGAUAGACAGACAGGACGCAGGGACAUAUCUCUGUACUGCAACAGCACGCUCCACAAACAACAACAUCUUACUGCAGUCCUCUGAAUCCUUCACCAUUGUUGUACAAUAUGGGCCGGACGUGGGUCUUGCUAUAAAAAAUACUACAGAAAAUAUGACAGAUGUUCGUCUGAAUUGUACUGCUAAUGGUGUACCUGCCCAGUACACAUACAGAUGGAUACACAAGGUGGGGUAUACAGUCAUAAGAGAUACGUUUGACCAUGUGACAAGUUCAGGUUCAGUCAGUACACUGACGAUUCCACAAGUGAGCUACCAGGACAUGGGGACAUAUAUCUGUGAGGCGGAAAAUGGAUACAGAGGAAGGGAUGGUCAGAUUGUACAGACAGAGCAAGGUGUCAUGACAAUUACAGGCAGUCCACGGGUAUUCGGAAAUCAGAAUAGAUAUGAAGCAGAAACGAACAUUGCUUUCGAUGCCAAUAUAACCUACAUCAGUUUCCCUGCGCCUGUCAACACAUCCAUCUUACGACCAGACUCAGUUUUACCUCCUUCAAAUGAACUAUCUGUCACUGUGUCAUCUGUCUCAGUAACAGUAUCAUUCUAUAACAAGGGUGUUUCAGUGGACGCAUACUCAGUUCAUUUACACUUCAGCAACUUUCAGUCAAAAUACAGUGGAAAAUACCAACUCUAUGUAAGGAAUGUGUUCACUUACUACUACAACUUUGAAAUCGUCAUAGCAGGAAAACCUGAUUCCCCAGUUCAAUUAGUGAUUAGUGAAAUCACACAAAGCCAAGCUGUUGUAUCAUGGAGGCCGGGUAACGAAAAUGAAAAUUCCAAGACAUUCACAUUGACAUACCAAAAACUCAACAGUGACUCAACAACGUAUGUUACUUUAGACCGCGAAAUUACAUCUUAUACGAUUGAGCAACUGCUGCCUGCAACACAGUAUGAUGUGUCUGUGUUUGCUAUCAAUGCUUAUGGGUCCAGUGAAGCCAUUUCGGGGACAUUUAUAACAGCAGGUUUAUUACCAGAGUAUAGUAAUACUGGCGUCAUCCUGAUAUCUGUCGGAUCUGUAAUGAUCCUGAUGAGUUUAUCCGUGUUGGCUGUUGCGCUGUUUACUUUAAGGAAAAGACGUUUGCCGUUUACCAAGCAAACGUCUUCAAAGAAAAAAUCUGUAUAUCAUGCCGACGUAGCAGCGGAACCAGGUGAAAUCGACCUUAGCCAGUACGAAGACCUGAACUUGGAGCAAGUCGACUCUCCGACGGUAUAUGAGGAAAUGCCUAAUAAAUCAACAGAUACUCAAGGAAAUCCGGCCUAUGAAGAAAGUAACACAUACGAACAGUUACAACGGAACAGAGAAACAAAUCCUUAUGAAGCUAUUCCUCAGAGGCAACAGUCUGAGUGAUUUAUAUGCCCCCAGAAUGAUGAGCAGAAUCCAGCUUCAGCGGAAACAGUCGUAUAGCUCUUGAUUGUUUUUUGUUGAUUGGAACAGUUUUUGGAACCAAAAAUAUAUGUGAUAACAACACUUUCACUAAAUUUCCAAAUGUCACUUUGAUUACGCUACCUUCAUUGUACUGGCCAAUGAGACUCUGCACCAGAUGACAUCUCGCUUGCAUUUUAUAUUUCACAUUGAGUGUUUUUAUCAUUUAUUAGCUUACCCGGUACAAAAAGACGGGUGGGCUGACGCCAUACAAUUU